AUGGAUCUUGAGUCUCAAGUGCGAUUGAGGUGUCUUUACUCAAAGGAAGAGUUCUAUGCACUAAAGAUCAUAUACCCAGAUUGGAGGAAUAGGAUCAAUAAUAUACCAAAAUUUGACAAUAGAUCAAGGACUGCCAAACCAAACAGUAUACAGACAGCCAAGAGAAACCAUGAAGUACCUAAUGGUAAUUCUGUUGUGAAGAAGAAGUUUGCUUCUGCUGUCACUGUGAAGAAUACCAAAGAAGAUGAGUAUCUUCGUGACUAUGUCAUUACUUUAACUGGAUCAAUAAAUGACGUGUCCUUGGGACUUCUAAAUCUUCUUAUAAUGGUCAACAAUCCUAAAGUUACAAGAAUAAUAGAUUCUGUUGAAAAACCCUUUUUAAAAAGACUUUUAAUAAGAGCAGAUCCAACUUUCUUCAAUAAUGUCAAUGAUAUCAAGAAAUUGAGCUUUAUAAGGAUGCUGGUUUCAAAUACAAAUUUAUCGAAGGUUCUGGGAUCAGAAGGACACAGGAUAGCCGACCUACGUGAUAAAUAUGACCUGAGAAUGAAAGCUUCAAAAUAUAAGCUCUCUCAAAGUACAGAUCGUGUUUUCGAGAUUGAAGGUCUCGCACAAAACAUAAUCGAAGCGCUUGUUGAAAUUAACAAUAUUAUUUUGAGAGAGAAAACGACGAAUUCUGAACAGGUAUCGCAGGUAGAAUAUGAACCUACCCCUAUAAAGCCCAAUAAGAAGAAGAAAAGAUCCAAGAAGAAGACCAAGAAACCGAAUGGUGAUUCGAUACAAGGUAAGAGCUCAACACAGGAAGGUGUUGAUCGAUCGGAGUCAAACUUAUCCGAGAAGAAAAGAGAUAACUCUAACCAAAAUAAAAACGAUACCGGUAGUGAUAGCGCUAGUAUGAGCAAGACCAUAAUAUCCCCCAAGGAAGCACAUGAUCAGAACAAUACACCUGAGUUGCAAACUUCUAAUCAUAGCAAACGUGCGGUAUCUAAUGAACAAACUCAAGAACAUAAUACACUACAGAAGGUGUCCUCACAAAGAUCGCUUAACUCUAAUCAUUCAAGGAAGACCUCUGACUCAUCUACAGCUUCAAAAACACUCUUAUUACAUACUUCUGGUACCGAUACUAUAAUAUCUUCAGAUCAACAGAUGUUUGUGGAUAUAAUAUUGAUCCCCGAAGGCUAUGUAGGCAGACUUGUUGGUAAAGGUGGUAGCAGGUUAGCCAAUCUGCGGAAAUUUACAAGGACCAAGAUACUUAUAGAUGAACGAGGUAGUAAAGACGAGAGCAAGUAUAGGAAAUUCACUAUCACUAGCUCCGACGAAAAGAAUGUACAAAGAGCUAAAGCGCUACUACAGGCAAACCUGGUUGAAGAGCAAAGAAGGGACAGAGAAAAGCUUGAAAACAAGAUCAAGAAACACCUUCUCAACGAAAACAAUGAAGAACACUUGUAA